UUUUAUAUUUGAUGAAUGAUUAAAUUUAGAAUAUCUGAAUUCAUUAAAUAAAAUAUGGGGCUAUUAUUCCUGUUAUUUGAGGAUUAAAUUUUUUACUAACAAAAGUCGUUUUGUUUUAUUACUGACCGCUGCCAACUUAAUGCCGUCUGUAUAGAAAUGCGGAAUGCUAUGUUUUCUUAAUUUAAGUCGGCCAACUGACAAUUUUAAUUUUAAUUCUUGAGUACCUCCUCUUAAAAUGGAAGGAUCUCAAGAAGUGGAGGCCCUUGCAGCAGAACUAGCUCGAGCUGUAGAAUUGACAAUGAAUCCAUCUGUAUCACAAAAUGAUAGAUUAGAAGCUUAUAAUGCUUGUGAAAGAUUCAAGGAAAGUUCACCACUUUGUGCUCAAGCUGGAUUAUAUUUGGCUAGAUCUUCUCAGUCAGAUAUUGUUUGUCAUUUUGGUUUGCAACUAAUGGAGCACACAGUUAAAUAUCGUUGGUUAAAUAUUUCACAUCAAGAGAAGAUUUUCAUUAAGGACAGUGCAAUGAAAUUGCUUCAUAAUGGAAUGGGGUCUUCUCCAGAACAAUCUCAUAUAAGAGACGCAUUGUCACGAAUUAUUGUUGAAAUGGUUAAACGAUUGUUGAAAUGGUUAAACGAGAAUCCACAGCAAUGGCCUACCUUAUUAGCUGAAUUAUCCGAUGCUUGCAGUCGUGGUGAAGUUCAAACUGAACUUGUUCUUCUUGUGUUUCUACGUCUGAUAGAGGAUGUAGCAUUGCUUCAGACCUUAGAAUCCAGUCAUAGAAGAAAGGAUAUUUAUCAAGCUUUAACAAGUCAUAUGUCUGAUUUUGAUUUCUUUUUGAGAUUAAUAGAUCAUCAUGUUACAACUUUUAGACAAUUGAAGGAAUCUAAUAAUCCAAGAGCGGAUGCUCAUAAGAGGGUUGUUCAAGUUGUUUUACUAACUUUGACAGGAUUUGUUGAAUGGGUGUCUGUUCAGCAUAUCAUGGCUGGUGAUGGCAGACUUUUACAAAUACUUUGUGUAUUACUUAUUGUGCCUGAAUUUCAAAUGCCAGCUGCAGAAUGUUUAUUACAAAUAGUUAAUCGCAAGGGACAGAUUAAAGAAAGAAAGCCAUUGCUAAUUUUAUUUAGUGAAGAGGCAAUGGGUUUUAUAUUUCAAGCAGCUGAAGCUGCAACGAGUAAUUCUACAGAAGAGCAGCAUUAUGCCUUUUUAAAAAAAUUAACACAGGUGUUAGGUGGACUAGGAUCUCAAUUAGGUGCUUGGGGCAAAGAAGAUGGUUCAAUUAUCAGACCUGCUAAUUUUUCAACUUAUUUAGAAGCUUUACUGAGGUUUACAAGUCAUCCAAGUUUGACUUUAACACAGCUUGCCAAUAAUGUGUGGCUGGCAUUAUUGAAACAUGAUCAUAUCUCUAAAGAACCUACUUUUAUGAGUUAUAUUCCGAAGUUAGUUGAAUGUGUUGGACCAAAACUAAUAAGGGUGGUGUAUCCAGUUGCUCGACCAAUUAAAGGUGCAAAUGAUGCAACUACAUAUGCUAGUAUGGACUAUGAUAGUGAAGAAGAAUUUAUAUCAUUUUUUAAUCGCUGCAGGUCAGAUAUCUUAGAUAGUUAUCGACAGAUAACUCUUAUAGCUCCAUCUGUUACUUAUGGUUAUGUAGAGCGCUGGUUGACGAUUCGUUUACAGAAGUCUGUAACUGAAAAUCACAGAACAGAUGGAAAUAUUCUUGAUCCUGUUUAUAUGGAAUGGGACGCCCUUGCUCAAGCUUUGGACAGUAUACUGAGCAGAAUUUUGAUGGUAAAUGAGAGACCACCUGUAGCCAAUGGAUUAGCAUUAUUAGAACUGUGUUUAAGUUUUGAAACUUCAGAUCCAUUAAUAUUAUCAACUCUUCUGUCUUGUAUAUCAGCCUUAUUUGUGUUUCUCAGUAUGUCAUCAUGCCAAAUUACUGCUGGAAAUUGUGUAGCUAUGACUGGAGUAUCAUUACUUCCUAGAGUUCUUGACAAGAUUUUUGCAGCUUUAGUUUUUAAUGAACAUGGCCAAACAACAGAGACCAGAUCCAGAGCAGUGAAAAAUGUUAGAAGGCAUGCGGCCUCAUUAAUGGUCAAAAUAGGCCACAAAUAUCCUCUGCUUUUGCUGCCUGUAUUUGAUCAGAUAAACACCACAGUUCAAAGGCUUGCUCAAAAUCCUGACCAGCUUAGUAAACUUGAGUUGAUAACUAUGCAGGAAUCUCUUUUGCUAAUAUCUAAUCAUUUCUGUGAUUAUGAACGUCAGACAAAAUUUAUUUAUGAGACAAUGAGUCUAGGUCUUGCGCAAUGGAAUGUUAUUGCACCUGUACUUAAAUCAGCUUUUGAUUUCAUGGACUACAUAGGCCUAAACAAACCUCCUGUGGAACCAAACUCAAAUGAUUUGUAUGGGCAACAGAGAGGCAAUAUAUUGCGUAGUGUACACACAGUUUUAGCUAUUGUAAAACGCUGUUCUUGGCCCGAUGAUCCUGACAGGGCCUCAAGAGGUGGCUUUGUUGUUGGCUUUACAGAAUCAGGAAAUCCAAUAUGUAGGAAUCCAGGGACUCCACAUAUUAUUCCCUUAUUGCCUCACAUCUUAUCAUUACUUCGUAUCUUAAAUGAACUUUGGAUACCACAAGCAUUGGCCGCUUUGCCUGAAGGUUAUCGUCUUGCUCAUAGUAUGUUGGAAAAUGAUAAAGCUAAUUUAUUGGGCACCGCAUCACCGAUAAUAAUUGAUCCCAUGGAUCCAAAUACACACAAAAAUAAUAGUUCCUUGGACCGAAUGCAACAGUUUCUGUCAUUAGUACAUGAUGGCUGUUACCAUUUGAUGGGUGCUGCAGGUCCUUCAUUAGGCCGGCAUUUAUAUGAAUUACCAGGAUUAGAACAAGCUUUAAUAAAUAGCAUAUUUUCAAAUUUAGAACAUAUACCUGAUUAUAGACUGAGACCUAUUAUCAGAGUAUUUCUUAGACCUUUUAUCUAUUCCUGCCCUACAGCAUUUUAUAAUUCAGUUCUGCUACCAAUUUUUGCUCAUAUUGCUCCUUUUAUGUUAAAUCGUUUGAAUAAUAGGUGGCAAUAUAUCUCUUCAUUAUAUGAAUCUGGUAAGUUAGAUGAGGAUAGUAAUGAUACCCAAGAAGUGCUAGAAGACAUGCUUAAUCGUAAUUUAACUAGAGAAUAUUUAGAUGUACUGAAAGUUGCCUUGGUUGGUGGUACAAUUAUUUCUACUGAUACCAUUUCUUCUAUGGAGCAAGAUGAUUCAUCAAUGGAUACGCCUCAGGCAAACCUAACCAGAGCAGCCCAAUCUGCUAUUGCUUCGGAUGUUAUAAGUGAUUUAGGAAACAAAUUAUUACGCUAUGAGCAUUGUUCAACACCACUGGUUCUCACUGUUCUUAGUGCUAUUGCAUGGAAUGAUAGUAAUGCUAGUAUGAAAGCCACAUUGUUAACUGGACCCAUUGUUAGAUUUUUGGCAUCUGAGCAAGUACUGAAUACACAGAUCGCAGGUCAUAUAAUGAAUGUUAUUUUACAAGGAUUACAGCUCCAUGGACAGCAUGAUGCCAAUCAAGGAUCAUUAUUGACCUUAGGCGUGCAAAUGUAUGAAAUUUUAAGACCCAAGUUUCCAUUAAUAAUUGAAGUAAUGCAACAAAUUCCAAAUGUUAAUAUGGCAGAUUUACAAAAGUUUGAUGAAAAAAUUUCAACUGGUAGUACGAAAGGUAACAAAAUUGAUAAAGCUAAAAAGGACUUAUUCAAGAAAAUUACUAGUCAGUUAAUUGGGCGUAGUAUUAGUGAGUUAUUCAGAAAGGAAGUAAAAAUUGCAAAUCUCCCUUUACUCAUUGUGCCAAAGCCAGAACAACAAGCUCUCGUUGACUCAACAAAUGAUGUUGGAUUAAUAAAACUGUUUGAUCGAAAGUAAAUUGUUAUAAAAACAUCUGAACACAUAAUCAAUAUCUAUUGAUUAAAUUUUGUAUGAAUGAGACAUUAGCAUUUAAAGUAUUUAUCUCUAACGCAUUUUCUACUUAAUGUAGAUAACUAUUCUUUGGGAACCAAAUCUAUUGGUUACAAUAAAUAUUUCUAAGUGUU